CCGGAGUCCCCUGGGCCCACCCGCUUGCGACAGCCCUCCUCUUGCCCGUGCUCCCUCCCUGCGGCUCCCGCUCCCCAGGGAGCGGCGGCGGCGGCGGGAUGGCCAGGGCCCGCGGCCAGGCCCCGGGGAGCGGCGGGCGGCGGCGGCCGCGGCGGGGAGGCGCAGGGACCGGGCCCCGGGGGGACUCGGCCGGUCUGCUGCUGCUCCUGCUGCAGGUGCUGCCGCCCGGGGCAGCGGCAGGCCCGGGGCGCCGGGGCACUCGGGGGCCUGGCGGCGGCUGCGUCUGCUGGCCCGGCGCCGGCCCUGCUUUUCCGCGGGACGCGCGUCUGCUGCUGUUGCUGCCGCCCCGGCCACCACCGUCGCCGCCGCCGACCUCCGCGGCCGCAGCCUCCCCCUCUCGGAUGGACGCUCUGCCCCGUGGUGGGCUCCACCUGAAAGAGGAGCCGCUGCUGCCCUCCAGCCUGGGCUCGGUGCGCUCCUGGAUGCAGAGCGCGGGCAUCCUGGACUCCAACACCGCGGCGCAGAGUGGCGUGGGCCUGGCAAGAGCACAUUUUGAAAAGCAGCCCCCCUCCAACCUCAGGAAGUCCAACUUCUUCCACUUCGUGCUGGCCAUGUACGACCGGCAGGGGCAGCCCGUGGAGGUGGAGCGCACAGCCUUCAUCGACUUCGUGGAAAAGGAUCGAGAGCCUGGGACAGAAAAGACAAACAACGGAAUCCAUUACCGCCUUCGGCUGGUGUAUAAUAACGGACUUCGGACAGAGCAAGACCUCUACGUGCGGCUUAUUGACUCCAUGUCGAAGCAGGCUAUCAUCUAUGAGGGACAGGACAAGAACCCUGAAAUGUGCCGAGUGCUGCUCACUCACGAGAUCAUGUGCAGCCGGUGCUGUGACCGCAAGAGCUGUGGUAACCGGAAUGAGACGCCUUCUGAUCCAGUCAUUAUUGACAGGUUCUUCCUCAAAUUCUUUCUCAAAUGCAACCAGAACUGCUUGAAGAAUGCCGGGAAUCCCCGAGACAUGCGCCGCUUCCAGGUGGUGGUGUCCACAACAGUGAGUGUGGAUGGACAUGUGCUGGCUGUGUCGGACAACAUGUUUGUGCACAACAACUCCAAGCAUGGACGCAGAGCCCGACGCCUGGACCCUUCUGAAGGUCAGGACUCCCAGCCCAGCCCUGGCCAGCCUCAGUCUCCGCCUUGGUGCAGUCCCUUGACCUGGGUCCUCUCCUACCUCCCAGCUGCCACCCCCUGCAUCAAAGCCAUCAGCCCCGGGGAGGGCUGGACCACGGGAGGCGCCACCGUCAUUAUCAUCGGAGACAACUUCUUCGACGGGUUGCAGGUCGUGUUUGGCAACGUGCUCCUGUGGAGCGAGCUCAUCACUCCCCAUGCUAUCCGGGUGCAGACACCGCCACGACACAUCCCUGGGGUAGUAGAAGUGACCCUCUCCUACAAGUCCAAGCAGUUUUGUAAAGGAGCCCCUGGCCGCUUUGUCUACACAGCCCUGAAUGAACCCACUAUUGACUACGGAUUCCAGAGGCUACAGAAAGUCAUUCCCAGACACCCGGGAGACCCCGAGAGGCUGCCCAAGGAAGUGCUGCUGAAAAGGGCGGCUGACUUGGCGGAGGCUCUGUACGGAGUGCCCAGCAGUAACCAGGAGCUCCUCCUGAAACGUGCGGCAGACGUGGCCGAGGCUCUUUACAGCGCCCCGCGCGCGCCUGCACCACUCGGACCCCUGGCCCCCAGCCAUCCGCACCCCGCCGUGGUGGGCAUCAACGCCUUCAGCAGCCCUCUGGCCAUCGCCGUCGGGGAUGCCACACCAGAGCCGGGCUAUGCCCGUAGCUGCGGCAGCGCAUCUCCCCGGUUCGCGCCCAGCCCUGGCUCUCAGCAGAGCAGCUAUGGCAGUGGCCUUGGAGCCGGCCUCGGUAGCUAUGGCGCGCCCGGUGUGACUGGCCUUGGUGUGCCCGGGUCCCCUAGCUUCCUCAAUGGCUCCACUGCAACCUCACCUUUCGCCACCCUUCCAUGAUUGUGAAGCCGCCCUUAAUUAGGGGACCUGUGCUGAAACCUGGUGGACAGCAACCUUUUGGGCCUUCACCGGGACUUCGGGAGGAGGCUGGCGGCCCCUGCUGGAAGCCUAAGGAACCUCUAGAGACUUAGGCUUCCAGCGCCUGGCAGUCCCCAGGGAUGUGUGGCUCUGGAUUUCAGAAGCACUUCCUGGAGCAGGGAAACACAGGGGUUUCCCAGGGGCACGGCGGGGGGCCCUGCAGGAGCUUCCUUACCUACUGGACACUCUUACUCCUGUCCCGUCCUUCUGAGCACCUUGAUCAGCCUCUCAGGUUCUCCCAGAUGGUUCAGGCAUCCUCUGUGAUCAGAGCUGGAUUCAGAAUUGAGUAUCUUAGUCAGGAGGUUUCAGACAUUCAACAAGUUACACUCAUGAACCUAAGUUCCUCUCAGUAAAUGAGGAUCAACACCACCCCCUGUUUCAGGUGGCUCUCUUACCUAAAUAUGCCACUGUGCAUAGAAAGCCAGGCAAAACUCAAAAAGAGUGUAUGAUUUUGCAGGCUCAACCCAAGCUGUAGGUGCUAACCGACUUCCCCCUGUCAUCUUGGGUUAAGGCAGUUCCCUUGGAUGGAUGGAUGGAUGGACAGUGGAUUUUUAUGCUUUAUUAUUUUGCACUACCUGUCAGUCCCUUGCAAUACCAACGAUUACUCAGCAGAUACGUAUAUACACAUAUGGUAAUAAAGCACUAGGCUUAGCAGACCCGUUCUGUCCUUCUCACCAGCGAAAACCUCUUUACAGUCACAAGGGAGGUUGUCCCUCGAGGCCUGGGGCUCUACUGAAUCUGAGCAGUAGUAGCAUCUGCCCAUGGAGGAGCCUGUGGUGCCUCACUUCUGCCUCCCCAUUCCCUGUUUUUCAAUACCUGACAUAACUUGACUAGUCGCCUGCCUAACCUUCCUACAAGGGCACUAAUCGUACAGGCUGUGAACCUGGCCUGGCGCGUACUUUGACCUUGAUUUUACUUGUGAAAGCCAAGGUCUCUCUAAGCCAGAGUCCACGCAGGCUAUAGCCUUCUCGUGUCCCUCCCAAAGCAAGCCUCUCUGGGACUUAGCCCAGCACCAGGCCUCCCUGUCCACAUCCUUUCAGUUCUGAGAGUCAGCCUCACAGCCUUGUUCUAGGUUUCCCUUGGCUCACCCUUUCCUGGAGACACAACAGCACCAGGCAGCAGUGAUGGCUGCCCCAGUGCACAGUCUACCCUAGUCACCCCAUUCAACAAGCUCAGAACUUCCAGUGAGUGUUCCCAUUUAUGCCCUGUUUCACCAUCAGCAGGGACAUUCUGGACUCUACACAGGAGGCCUGUUCCCAUCACAGAAUAUGCUUACCCAGGCCCACAUCUGUUCCCCGAAUGCAGGGUGCUUUGUGACACCAUACCAGUGUGCCAUUCUCAUUGAGUUUGCCAAGGUGUCCCUAAAAAUGCCAUCAGAAUUGUCCUAGCCAAUCAUGCUGGAGCUGUCAUGUCUCUGCUUGGUCUUCAGUAUUAAUUAUUAGCAAGUCUAGAACUUCAUAACUGCAAAAUGCGACUGUUAGCUCUCUAGGCCUUGAUACUGAUAUCAAGCAACACACUUCAUUAUAUAUUAUAUAUGAAAAAUGUCCAGGAAGAUGCUAGCACUGAACAUUUUCCUCAAGGAGAUGGUGGCCAUGUCUAAGGACAUUAGAAUAGGGUAGCAAUUGCAGUCAUUUUUGUGUAUCAAAAGUCAUAGAAUGGUUGGUUCUGGUGUCAAAAGCCUUCUCAGGCUGAAGAUUUCCUCCAGGAAGUGUGUACCUGCUGUCCACGUUUGCUGGUUGAGGUUGCAGAGAGGCAGAAGUGAGAGACCUCAGACAGGGGCCCGAGCAGAUACAAGAGGCUUCCAGGGCCCAACUGGAGAAGACAGGGCCUUGAGUUAAACUGGAAAGAAGCAGUGUGCAGAGUGGGGAGGACAACGUGUAGGGUGUGCUGGGCAGGACCGCUCACUUGGAGAGGAGGUUUGGGUGCUUGUGUGAUGGUGAUUAUAUCGAGGCUGCACACACACCAAGCCUUCAUUCCUAUCUACCUACUCCAACUUUGUUGUGACCCUUGAACUUUCAUGUUAGCCUUGUCAACACACACUCAUAAGCAUUUUAGAAUUCCAGUGGAAUUCCGAUCUUUCCCUUUCCCUUUCUUAUCUCCUGUUGUUGGGAGAAUUUCCUACUGUUUGUUUUCCCUGAGACUGAUCCUGUCAUUUCCAUCCCUGAAUGUGAUGUCCAAAAUUCUAAAAGAAAAGGCAAGGACCGGACCUAGGCCCAGAGGUUUCCAGUUUACCUCUAGAUAUUACCUCCUAGUGGUCUUCUUAGGAAGACCACAUCCUAGGGAGGCCUGAGCCUGCAGCCAGGUCAACAGGGACUCGCUGCCCAUGUGACACCGCAACCCUGCUGCUCACUCUGGUGCUGUCUCGCUGUUGUGUCUCCCACUGCCUACCUUGAUGCACCGCCCCUUCCUCGCCCCGCCCCGGAGUCAUGCCCUCUAGUCCCCCGCUGGCGGCUGCCUCCUCCAUGUCCCUUCCGGCCGCCGCCCCCACCACCAGCGUCUUCUCCUUCUC